AUGAAACCAUAUAUUAAUGCAUAUCCAAUAACAACAUACAAUUAAAAUAUUGAUGUAAUGCAAACUCAAGUAUCAUCAAACUUAUAAGACUAAAUAAAUCUUUUGCAGGAAAUUAAGUAAUUGCUAGACCAAUAUCCUCACCAAAAUAUUACACGAAUCAUUUAGCUUACAAUAAAUAAUAACACUAUUGAAUCAAAACAUGAAACUUGUGAUUUUACUUUGGACUAAUAUUUAAAAAACAGACAAAGCUUUUGGUUGUCUAAAGAAGAAAUUUAUAAUAUCCUUGGAUAAAUUGUUUAAGGGUAUAUGCAUUUAAAGAAUUUAAAAAUUACUCAUAGAGAUUUGAAUCCAAGAACGAUAUUAGUCUUGCGUGUUUUAGAAACUAAUAAUGUAAUUAUUAAAGUACAUAAAAUUUAUUGAUUCUAGAUUUCUGAUUUUGGAGUGGCAUCACUUAAUUAAACUAGAAUGAGGGAAAAUGCUGGUACUCCAUUUUAUCAAGCUCCUGAAAUCACACAAAAUAAUGAAUAUGAUGAUCAAUGUGAUGUUUAUUCUGUAAAUAUUAAAUAAUAGAUUUAGUUAGGAUUAAUAUUAUAUUAAAUGUGCUUUAAAAAUUAAUACCAUAUUUACCCUGUCACAUAAGAAGAGCUUUAAAAAUUUUAAGAAUAACUUAAAUUUAACAAAUUUAGAAUACCAGAUGGAUUAAUUGAUCCAGCUUUAAAACAAUUAAUUGAAAAAAUGAUAGUAUACGAUCCAAAUUAAAGGAUUAAUUGGUCUGAAUUGGCUAAUAUGCAAGUAUUAUAGCCUAAAUUUUUGAUCUUACCAAACUAAAAAAAUACCAAGUUAUAUUAUAUAGAUUUUUUAAAAUCAUUAGGUAGAGGAAGUUAAGGAUGUACCUACUUAACUUAUGAUCUAAUCAAUUAAAACACAGAAUAUUGUACAAAAUAAAUAGAUUCCAAUAAUAUUGAAGGGUAGCGAGAACUUUAAGCCUACAAAUUAAUCAAAGAAAAUACAUAUUGUGAAAAUAUUAUAAUGGUUGAAGAUAUUUUAUCAUAAAAGGAUAAUUCAUAUUUGGUCAUGGAAAAAUGUGAAAAAAAUAUUGAAUAAUAUUUCAGAGAAAAAUAAUUUGAUCUAUCCUAAUAGGAGGCUUUAGAUAUUGUAUAAUAGAUAGUCACUGGCUAUCUUCAUAUUACCAAAUUCAAUAUUAUUCAUAGAGAUCUAAAACCACAAAAUAUUUUAAUAAAACAUAAUAAUCAAACCAAUAAAAUAAUUAUCAAAGUAUAAAUCUUCUUUUAAAUAGAUUAUUGAUUUUGGAGUUGGAAAAGUGCUCUAACAAUCAAAAGAAUUGACUAAUACUUAUGCAGGAACACCCAUCUAUACUGCCCCAGAAAUAAUAUUUUCUCAUGACUAUAAUAAUAAAUGUGAUAUAUUCUCAGUAUUUAUGUUAUAUAUCACUAGCUAGGAGUAAUGUUGUAUCAGCUUGUUUAUGAAGGGGCCAAUUAUUUUUAAGGUUAACCAAAUAGUAUAGAAGAUUUAAAGAGAAUUUUAUUAAAUAUUAAAUCCACUCCAGUUUAAUGCAAGAAACCCUAUAAAAAUGUAAUUUCUUAAUUUUAUUUUAGUUUAAUAAUAAUUUUUUAUCAUUAAUAGAUAAGAUGUUGAUAUUUGAUUAAAAUGAAAGAAUCGAUUGGGAAACAUUAAAUUAAUAGUUAAAAAACUUUACACAAUCUAAAAUUAAAAUUAUAUCUAUAAAUAAUUAAAACUUAGAUUUAUAAUCCCAAACUCAAUAAGAAUAAUUAUAAUAAUAAUAAUAUUAAUAAUAAUAUUAAUAAUAAUAAUAAUAAUAAUAAUAAUAAUAAUAGUAAUAGUAAUAGUAAUAGUAAUAGUAAUAGUAAUAGUAAUAGCUAUUUUAAUAGUAAUAGUAAUAGCUAUUUUAAUAGUAAUAGUCAUUUUAAUAAUAAUAGCCAUUUUAAUAAUAAUAGCCAUUUUAAUAAUAAUAGCCAUUUUAAUAGUAAUAGCAAUUUUAAUAGUAAUCACCAUUUUCAUCGUAAUAGCCAUUUUCAUAGUAAUAGCCAUUUUAAUUGUAAUAAUCAUAGCAAAUAUAAAAUUAAUUGUUGCUUUAAAAAAAUUAAUUGCCAUCAUCCUUUUAAUAAUAGCAAUCUUAGUAAUCCUUAAUUUAAAAAAUAAAUCCAUAGCCAUAACAAUAAUAAUCAACAAUUUCACAAUCAUUUAGCUUUUAAUAAGAUUCUAAUAAUAAAUCAUUUUAAUUAACAACCCCAAAAUCUAAUUUUAUAGAUUAAAAUUAAUAAUUUUAAUUACAUAAUCAAUCAUAAACUGCUUCCCAAACUCAAAAAUCAUCGACCCUUGCUUAACAAUCGUUAACAACACUAAGAUCAACAAUGUUUUAAACCCAUUCCAAAACACCUUAAUAAUUUGGAUAGCCUUAAUAAUUUCAGCUACGAGAUUAAUUAAAAACUAAUCCUCCUAACUAAUAAGAAAAUAAAGCUUCUAUUUUUCCAUAAAAUACAUAAAAUUAAUAAAUAGCUUAAUUACAAUUAGAUCCAAAAACACCAUUGCCUUAGAAUCAAUUUGCAAUACAAUAAAAUAAAUAAAGUGAUUUAAAUACUAAUUCGCUUUCACCUUUUUAGCCACAACAAUAACAAUAAUAAUUAAAAUUAAAUAUAAAUCCCCUAAUAGUAAACUAAAUGAAUCCAUAAGUCGCUAUACCAAAUUAAUUUUCCAAUAUAAAUACUUAACAAUCAAAUCAGUUAAUAGAUGUUUCUAAACCUAUUUCAUGCAGAGCUACAAUUUCAUAUGCUAGUACAACUUUGAAUAAUAAUAAUAAUAAUAAUAUUAAUAAUAAUAAUAUUAAUAAAAUUAAUAAUAUAAAUAUUCAUAAUAAUAAACCAGAUGCAACUAAAUUUACUACAUAAGCUAUUAUAAAUAACUUUCCUUCUAAACAAUUUUCAUCUAAAAAUAUGGAAUAAUUCUAUUAAUUUACAAAGAAGGCCUCUGAAGACUUCAAAACAAAAAGCUAAUAAUUAUAUAUUUAACCAGCGUAUUUAGGAUUUUAUUUAUGUAUUUUAUAUUUUUGGUAAGAGAUUAAUAGAUAAUAAAAGAUUGAAAAAAGUACUGAUAGUUAAAUUAAUUCAGAAGAAUUAACAAUAAAGAAGGAUAUUGAGAGAGUUAAAGAAAUUAUUUCAUAAGUGGAUAAAAAAAAUGGGAGAUUGGAAGAUUUGAAAAGAUUAAUAUUGCUCUAAAAUCAGCUUUAAAGUCUUGCUCAAAUUCAGCAAGCAUAUUAAGAAUUUCAUACAAAAAAUCAUGAUAUUUUAUGUGAUUAAAAUAAUAAUAAAGAAUAAAUAGAGUUGAAUAAAAUUAUAGAAAACAUGCAUAAUUUAUCAAAAGAUCUUAAUUCAAAUAAAUAAAAUACAGAUAAUUAAAAAUUUUAAUUCAAUAAACUCUGA